GGGGUGGAGGAGGAGGAGGGCGGGGACGAGGACGAGCAUGAUGCUGUGAGUGUGGGGCAGCUCCGACAGGAAGAGGGUGCACACGCAUCAUCAUCAUCGCAUCGUCGGUUUUUUCUUCUUCUUUUUUUUUUUCUUUUUUUUUUUUUAAUCGCACCGAGUUUGACCGAGAGUUAUUCUGAGGAGGUGGGCCAGGUCUCGGGAGGCGGGAAGAAGAGGAGGAGGCGGAGGAGAAGGAGCGUGCUCAUCACCACAGUGUCACUGAUGUGAAGAGACACAUGGACAUCAGAGCUGAUGACCGCACACUCGGAUGUCUACACCUAUGCAGUGGCGUACGCAGCGGCAGCAGCGUGUGCUGGAGACCAGUUGAAGUUGGCUUCCUGCCUGUUGAGAUGUGCUGGGAGGAAACACUGUGAACACGAGUUCAUGCUGAUGAAAUUGAUCUGCACAGUGAGCUCCAACCAGAGCCAUGGGGAGUACCCGGACUGCAGGAGCGAGAGGGAGUCAGGGGGGGAGGCGUCUCUCCUGGUGUCUCCUCUGGUGGUGGCAGGGAUCGUUAUAGGCCUGGUGCUCUUCCUCUCCUGCGUCACCAUCAUCGUGGGCAGCCUGCGCAAAGACAGUCGACUGAGGAACCCUCACCUGCGAGCCAGCUACGGUCCGGAUGGUUACUCCUUUGGAGGUUCUGUAGGAGAACUGAGGUCGACCUGCUUAGAAGAUUUUCCUCCUGGUUUGGACUUUGACUCUUUCAGUCUGUCACAGGUCAACCACUUGUACCCCGACUCUCCUCCACGCUACGAUGAAUGUGUGGGCCCACACUCCACUCAGAUCUACAUACCCACAGAUGACCCACCACCAUAUUCGCUAUGGGACCCCUGUGAGAGCCGUUCAGAAGGUGAGGGGCCACCAACCAUCUCCAAUUCCCAUCCCCUGUCACGCAAUGGAGAGAGCUCAGCCAGCUCCGCUUCGUCAGAACACCCGGCGGGACAAGUGGAGCAUCAGCACAUCGCUUCCAUCUCCUUCCCAAUGGAAGCGGCGCCACCGUACGAGGCCGUGGUGGCGGGCGAGCAGGGGCAGCCCCUCCCACUCAUGCCAUGUGACCUUUACAAACACCAAUCAGAGGGAGCUGUCAGCGGACACCUGCGGCCUUCGGGCAUCGGACAGAUCUCGUAGGACCAUUCUUUUGGCGCGUUCCACUGCCCCCACUUGAGUAUGUGACACCCAACUGUGGAACUUUCCAGAACAGAAGCUAACUUGCUGGUGUCUCUUUGGACCAAAACUCAGCUUUGGGAGUUUGUGAACUACACAAGACCUCCCAUCUCGGUGGAACCAUCCUAGACGAUGACACCACACCGGAUUAAGGACUGACCCAAACGUCAGUACAGGUCUUCUUUGAAGAAAGAUAGCUUUGUAUGUAAAAGAAAGACACGACAUCAACGUUAUGGUUAGUAGUUUGCUUGAAGGCAUACACAAGCACACUCCGUCAUUCUAGUCACUCGUUAACCCUAAUUUGGCAUGGAAGUCCGCCAAUUUGGAGUACUACAUCCUGUGUGGCGACAGCUGCAUCAAAGAUUGAUCGGAAUUACCGUAAAUGCUGUCAUAGCCGGGGCGUUUAUUUACCUCAACUGCAAAGAUGACGGGGCGUUAAUUGGAAGCAAUUGGAGAGAGGCUGUUAUUUGGGAAAUUUUAAAACAGAUUAUGUGUACAGAACUUAGUAAUGAUUUAGAGUGCAUGAGAAAGUGGAAAGGAAAAAGAAACAGUAGCUUUCUUUGACUACAUGGUCAUUUAUGAACUAUUCGUAUAUUGCACAGCACAGCAGCAACAGAACCAAUGUGGCAAUAGGACCAGACUGCUCAGUCAUCAUUAAUAGCCCUGCCAUCUUGUAGAUUAAUUAAAAUAUAUAUAGGAGGUUGCCUCCAGCCACAGUUGUUAAUGCCUCUGCGGUGAAUUAAACAGAGGCAUUCAUUGGAGCGUUAUUAUUAUAUUGUUAUUAUGGUUUGGACUGAAAGCUGUUUGUAAUAUUUUAGCCAACUUACGUCACGAAAUAAGACACCAAAAUACUGAAAACGGCUCAUGGCCCUAAUAAACAUUGAGUGUGAUGAUGCCGCCAUUGUCACCUGCACAGUCGCGUCUCCUUCUUAGCGCUAUGAAUCAUGUCAGAGUGACAAUGGCGGUGCAUCACACAGAUAAUGUCACAAAGGCGAGGGCCAUCUGGAGCGUCCCGGCGCAGACUGUACUCAAUGUGUGAGUAUUUUAUAAACGUUCCCUCCCGUAGACAAUUUAAAUGAGCACUUCCACGCGCGUCCCCACACACUUCUUAAUUAGUCGGCCAUUCAGUCAGCCAGUGUGUUGCCUUCCCGGCUGCUGAGUCACGUUUUUGUCUCACUUGUCAUUUUCUGGACAGUUAGAACACAACAGCCCACAGUGAAUCUGAUCGUGUGAUCCUAAAUCGCACACAGACUGGAUCUUUUUCAAUGCAAGCCAUUCAGAGAUGAGGCUACACCACCUUGACGCCACCUGACAUCGACAUAAAACUGCACAACGGGGGUUUUACAGUAGGUGUGCUUGCAAAAUGCAGGCGGUACGCCAUCAUCACGGUUCAGUAGGUACCUCGGGUGCUGCAAAAAUGAUUUAGCUUUCAUGUAAACAGCUUUAAUGACUAACUUUACUUCCCAUUCCUUCGUAAUGGGCUACAUGUGGAGUGGGUCGCUACCGAGAAUCUGGAAUAGCUUCCAUUUUAAAAGCAAUGUAAGCGGUUACAUGCAAAAAUCCAAUUGGCACAGAGAAAAUGUUAACUCGGCAUUAAGUGUGUCACACUUAGUACGCAAAUGGUUACCGGCCACAGAUCAAAAUCCCUAAUGUGGUCGUUGUUUCUUGACCGGAAGUAACAAGGUGUCAUCAGCGUCUUCAUUUUCAGUCGGGAUUGUUACGUCAUGACUCAACACCAUUUGUUGGGGUGUACGAUAAAUAUCCGAAAAGAGGAAUUAUGACGUCAUACCAAAAAGUCCAAUAACAUUCAAAAAAAGCUCGGAUAACCGAUAAUUUGUAAAAAAAAAAAAAAAAAAAAAAAAAAAAAUCCAAUGAGGUGAAAUUACUCAUUACUGUGCUGGUGAACAAAUCAAGCACUCCUUUUUUCUCCGGCCUGUGAUGUUUCGCAAACGGCCUGUCGUAACGUCCCCCGAGCUUGCUUGUAAACAAACAUUACUGUUUCAGAGGAAGACAAUUUGCAUGCUAGUUGCGCCAAAUGCUCUGCAAUGAGGGGAAAAAAAACAUCAAACCUGAUCAGCCACCUGAAACACCAGUGCCCGAGGCUUGUUCCUAUUGCCAUGGUGCUUGAAAAGUACAAAAAAAAGUUUGCCAAAGACGACCCGUUGGUUAACCUGUGUGAUUUCAUCACGGUAAUGAUGGCACUGGAUGACCAGCCCUUUUACCAUCGUUAAAGAUAGUAAACCCCUUGGAGCCGCAGUUUGUACUUGUUUUUCUUUUAUGUUUGGUUUAUAGUAGUGAUGUGAUGAUAUUUGGUGAAGACAAAUUUACAGGUACUUUGUCGAAUCCAACUUUGUUUGAGUCAUUCUUACCUACAGGUGUGCACAAACUACAGUUAAAGCUAAAUUUUAAAAAAUAAUAGCUAUAAAAAGUUAACAGUUAUUGGUAUCGGUAUUGAGAAGCAGGAUGUUAUUGGUGUCAGCUUGAAAAAAAUAUAUCGUGCAUCCCUAACUAUUUGUCAAGUCUCCGUGAAUGGCUCCAGUGUGAAGAAGAAGUGAACUUUGUUCAUCACAUAAACAAUGCACAGUGAAAUUCAUCUCUGCAUUUAACCCAUCCUCUUGAGGAACCACUUGAUCACUUUAACUGGACCCCGGCGCCUAAAUGUAGCGUCCACACGCACUAACAAAGCUUAGCUCCAAAUGUCCAGUGUCUGGACGGAUUCCUAUUCUAUUUGUCAACGGCACAGUUUUAUAUUAACCCCGCAUUUGCAAGGACCCUUCAUCAAAAGCAGCCUUGCUUCUUGAUAUAACAUAAUAAUAAUAAUAAUAAUAAUAAUAAUAAUAAUAAUAAUAAUGGAUUGGUUUAUCAAUAGGGCCCUCACACAACCGUCAUUGUCCACCAUGUACAAUAAUAGUCACAAACUAAGCUUUUUUGUUCAUUUAAACCUCUUUAGUUGACAUUUUGUUAAGAACAAAAGCAGUAACGGAUGUUUGGCUUGUGUGUUCUUCAGCUGGAGACACAAACAACUGUAGACAACAUCAACAUCAGCAUGUACCGUCAUUUAUUGUCUUGUCUCCUGUGUUGCUUCUAAAGCAGCUCUCUUUUAGUUAGAUGCUGGUUUAAACACAAAUGUUUGAUGUCAAAGUGUAUUUGUGUUGGGGGGGAAAAAAAGAUGUGCCUACUAGCCCUCAGACUGUUGGCUUGGACACUGUAGCCAUAUUAUGCUAAUCUCAAUGCAACAAAUGCAGUGCUUUUACCAUUAAAUAUGUUAAUUAGAUGAAUUAGCAUUUUACCGGUAUUGGAUUGUUUGUUUGUUUUUUACUCACCGUUUAUGUGUUUGUGCAUUUAAAUCAUGAAUCAUGAGUCCCUCAUAGCCCUAGACUUGACAUUAUUACUUCAAUGUAUCUAUGCUAAAAUGGUAUUAAUGUGCAUUUCCCUGUGACCAUAGCAGCUAGUCGGAAGCAAUAGUGAGGUGCUCCAGGUGAUGUAGGGCCAGGCAGCUGCCGCGAGAGGGCGCUGCUGACUUACAACAGGAGGUAGUGAGACUACCAGAGCUUUCGUUACUCUGAACCCAGAAACAAAUUGGAGAAUGAAACGUUUAAAAUAAGCGACUACCUGGAACUAUGUUCUUCAUCACCCAACUCCGACCACAACUGGACUUAGGAGACCAAGUGGGGCGUGAGUCGCUGUUGGUGGACUACACUGCUGAUGGGGAUGCCAUACAAGUUCAUUUCAAAACAUCCCAUUGAGAACCUAAUCUUAUUUAUUUAUCUGUACAAACAACAGCAACAACUGUAAACAAGGUGAAGGUUAAGUUUAUGAACGCCCCCCCACACCCCCACUAUUUGAGAAGCACUGCAUUAACCUGAUUUGCAACACAAGAAGCCAAUUGAAGACGGUGAGUCACCUGUCUCUGCUGCUGGGUCUCAUGGAGGAACACUAUGGCAGGAAUGUCUCAGGAGAAGAAGGAAAACUUGUUUGAAACUUGUUUGCAUGAAACAUAUCAUUUAAAGUGAUGCGUGCUGGCCUCGGGUUGGCGUGACGGAAUCACGAGGAUGGAUUUGAACUUCAAAGGUGGAUGGUUGAGAUGUUUGUAGACACGCACGCCCAGCAUGUUAGUGCGCUAUAAAAGAGCACACAAACAUCUAACGCUUAACUUAUCUACAAGAACCAUGAGAGCUCACGUCGUCUUCUUGCUCCUGGCCGUCAUGGUGGCUGGACUCUACUCCGUGCACACCGAUACCUCAGAUGACGUCGAUGAAGAUGACCUGCUCGAGGAAGAUGACAUGAUGGCCUCUGGCGACCUGCUGGAGAACGAAGAUGAUGAAGAUGAAGACGAAGAUGAAGCUGCUGCUGCUGCUUUUGCUGUUGCUGCUGCUGCUGAUGAUGAUGAUGAUGAUGACGAUGAUGAUGUUGAUGAUGAUAAUGAUGAUGAUCAUGAUGAUGAUGAUGAUGACGAUGAUGAUGAUGACGACUGACGGAACCAAUUCCCUAGACAUCACUUUAUUAGGCAACAACUGUACUUCUACAGCCAAAGAAAUGAUGUAAUUGAUGUGUUGCUGUCUAUGCUGUGAUCAGACGCUUUCAAAUUUGAUAAAAAUGUCACGUCAUGAAUGAUUGGAGGUAAUUAAAAAAAAAUAGCACUUCG